AUGGCUAAUGCUUUGAGUUGGCUGAUCUUAUUCUGUAGCCUUAGGAUCUUCCUGACAGGGACCUCUUCCCCCUCACCAGAGAGCAAUGUAGACUGCCAGACCCAGUGUCUCAUAGACUGCAAGCAGGGACAUUACUACACAGCUGGCAACUGCUUGGAAUGUCCUACAGGCUUCUAUUGCCCUGGGGGUCAAAAAGCUCCAAGGAAAUGCCCACUGGGAACAGCCAAUGAACUUACAGCUCAAGUGGACAUCACAGCCUGCCAGGUCUGUCCUGAUGGUUAUCUCAGCCUAGAGAGUGGAGCUGGAUGUCGUGCAUGCCCUGAUGGCUAUUCGUGUGAUCCACGUAGUGGUGUGCAGAGGAGCUGCAGCCCUGGCCAGUAUUCUCCAGAGGGAGAAUCACAGUGCCUGGGAUGUCCAGAGAACCACGUCUGCCCAGAUGGAAAGAGCAAGCAGCACUGUUUGGCCGGGCAGGAGCCAGAUCCAAGCCACACUCACUGUGUUACCUAUGCCCGUGGUUCUGUCUCAGCUGAAGACAUGCUGAUAUGCCAACCCUGUCCAGCAGGUCACUUCUGUGCAGGCAGCCUUACAGACACUCCUCCAUGCCCAGCAGGGAGCUACAAACCCAAAGAGGAGAUUCUGAUGCCCAGCAGCAGCUCCUCGUUCUUACCUGGUGUGUGUCAUAAUAUUUUGCAGUGGGAGUGA